UGAACGUACCUCUAAAUACUGACAACAGUAAUAACAGUUAAAAUUUGGCGUGAAUCCUGUUCAAUUUUAUCUUUGAUUAAACUAUAUGUUACAGAGAAAAAAGUAUACGUAUAAACUAGUAUAAUCAUGACUUUAGAUAUAACAGCGAUGUUAAAAGAGCCGAGAAUGAUAAAGGUUUGCGCUCCGAUGGUUAGAUAUAGCAAGCUACAAUUCAGAACACUUGUAAGGCGUUAUGAUUGCGACUUAUGUUUUACUCCCAUGAUCUUAGCAGAUUCAUUUGUGCAAUCUGCAAAGGCUAGAGAUAAUGAAUUUACUACUCAUGCAGAAGAUAAACCACUAAUUGUUCAAUUUGCAGCUAAAACUGUAAAUGAUUUCGUGAGUGCUUCUGAAAUGGUUGCACCGUAUUGCAAUGGUGUAGAUUUAAAUUGUGGCUGUCCCCAGCGCUGGGCUAUCAGAGAAGGAUAUGGCGCUCAUUUGCUAACAAAACCAGAACUUGUAAGCGAUUUGGUACAUCAGGUCAAAAAUCGUAUACCAGAACCAUUUACUGUUUCGGUAAAGAUACGUUUGCUGAAAGACAUACAUAAAACAAUAAUGUUGUGUCAAACUUUAGAAAAGGCUGGCGCGUCAUUUAUAACAGUCCAUGCAAGAACUCCUGAAAUGCGUAACGAACCCAUUAACUUAAACAGUCUUAAACUUCUUAGAGAUUAUGUACAGUUGCCUCUUAUUGCAAAUGGCGAUGUGAGAAAUUUAGAAAGUGCUCAGAUUCUAUUUAAAGAAUCCAAAUGUAACGGAGUAAUGUCUGCUAGAAAUAUUUUAAGUAAUCCUGCAUUAUUUUCGGGACAUUCUGUUACUCCGCUUGUUUGUGUUCAAGAUUGGUUAAAUAUUACCUCAACUAUACCAACUGAAUUUCAUUGUUUCCAUCAUCAUCUAGUAUUUAUGUUGGAGAAAAUUUUACCAAGAAAAGAACGAUUAGUAUUUAAUAAUUUGCAAAGCAAAACAGCUGUUCUCGAAUUUCUGAAGAAUUAUUAUAAUAUAAGACCACAGGUUCAAUUUAAUUCACUGAAAUUACUUAAGUGUGAAUUUAAUAACUCUUAUAUAAAGCAAACAAAGGAAUACACUAAUUACUGGGAAGAUGAUACAUCUAGUAAUUUUUUAGGAAAUAUAUUCAAUACAGAUUCAUGAAAACAUAGUGGUUUUUUUAGAAAUUUAUAAUUUUACAAAGUUACUUUUUUAUAUUUCUUAAUAUAUAUGUGUAUAGAAAUAAAUAAUGAGAUUAGCAGAGGAAGUGAAUUAGAGAGGAGCCUAAGAGCAACCAUGUGUUGGGAUUUUGGUCCGAUGUUUGGUGAGUAUCUAUACUAUAGAGUAUCUAUACUACUAUUUCUAAAUUUUAAUAUCGUGGAAAUUGUGCUACUUUUACAAAUUUGUAAAAAGAAGAAAGUGUUCUAUAUGUGAUGUUCUUUUUUAAAUUAUAUUUGGAAGUUAAUUUAAUUGUGUUUAAGUGCAUUUAACCGGUAAGCAUUAAUGUUAUUUAAUUCUGACGUAGUCUCUCAAUUGAAUUUUUAAUUA